GCGGCCCGACGCCGACGCCGCGGAGGAGGCUGGCACGCACACGGUCGCCACGCAGACGCACCUGGUCAGCAAGGUAGUGCGUCGGGUGCCGGUGGCGGCCAAUGAGGUGUACAUGGUGCAGGUGUGCGAGCCGCCGCAGUCGCCGCAGGAGGCACCGGAGCCAGCCGACGCGCGCUGCUCGCCCCGGCCCGGGCGCGGCAACAGAGAGACCCCGCCCAAGCCGCCGCGCAUGCUCCACCUCGAGACCAGGCUGGACUUCACGCGCGACCCGUUGUCCUUCUCAUCGCUGACGUCGGCGGCGUCAUCCGACGGCAGCCAUGAGGGCGCCCCCCGCCUCACCGAGGCCAUCAACCACGACCUGGUGCGGGCGCACGACCUGCUCGGGCGCGAGCCGGCGCCGGCGCCCGGCCGGCCCGGCGCCGAUACGCGGCAGGCCGAGACCGUGCUCCGUGAGCUGGACCGAGCGCUGGACGCCCACGCAGCGCCCGCCGACCCGCACGGCUUCAGCUCGGCUUUCGCCGCGCAGAUGGCGCGCGAGCGGCACCUGCAGACCUGGUGCGAGGAGGAGCGUGGCUCGGAGCCCGGCCCGGAGCACGAGCCAGGGCGUGAUGUCUGGAGUCUCGGGAGCGAGGGCGACGCGCGCUCCCGUAGUUCGCCGAGUCCGCGAGGUGAGGCGCUGAGCAUCGAGGGCAAGGCGCCGAGUCUCGGGGGCGAGACGCCGAGUCUCGGGAGCGAGGCGGGGCGUACGCAGGACGCCCGGUCGGCCAGCCCGACGGACGAGCGACUGCACCCCUCCGAGCGCGAGGCAGCGCCCGAUGGUGCCGCCUGGAACCGCCACAGCCAUACCGAGAACUAUAACCUGGUGGAGGAGGUGACCGAGGCCGAGCAGAGCGUGCUGUCGCCGCCGCAUCUCUGUGACAGCCUCUGCUCGGACAUGGGUGACGUGGGCGUGACCCGCUACGCCACGCCCAGCACGGCGCCGACCACGCCCACGGCCAGUCCGGCACCACGACUCGAGUCACCGCCGGACCGCGCUGCCGGGCCAGCCGACACCCGGCCGCACGCGCACACCGUGGUCGUGGCCAUCGACUUCGGCACCACAUACAGCGGCUACGCCUUCAGCUUCGUCACGAACCCGACCAGCAUCCACAUCAUGAGGAGGGCCGACGGCGGGGACCCCGGACUCAACAACCAAAAGACGCCGACGGCGUUGCUGCUGACGCCGCAGGGCGACUUCAGUGCCUUCGGUUACGCCGCCCGGGACGCGUACCAUGACCUGGAGCCCCGACAGGCCGCCGACUGGCUCUUCUUCGACAAGUUCAAGCUCUCUCUCCACACGGACGCGAGCCUGAGCCUGGACACCUACAUUCCGGCCGCCAAUGGCCAGUGCAUUUCGGCGCUGGCAGUGUUCGCGCAUGCGCUCUCCUUCUUCCGGCGCCAAGCGAUGGCCGAAUUGGAUGACCUGGUGGGGGACCCGGUGCCGCCGGAGCAGGUCCGCUGGGUCAUCACCGUCCCGGCCAUUUGGCGGCAGCACGCCAAACAGUUUAUGAGGCAGGCUGCCUAUCAGGCCGAGCUGUGCUCCGAGGAGAGCCGGGAGACGCUGAUGAUCGCCCUCGAGCCUGAGGUGGCCUCCGUCUACUGCCACAGCCUGCGCCUGCACGAGCUGGUGCAGGAGGGCGGCGACCGGCUCUCAGUGCAGGAGAACCCCCACGGCGCCGAGGCGCGCACGGGCGCCGCCGUCGACAUGGUCCAGGGUACCCGGUACUUGGUGGUGGACUGCGGCGGCGGCACAGUCGACAUCACCGUGCACGAGGUCAUUGACUCGGGGCGCCGCCAACUCAAGGAGGUGUACAAGGCCAGCGGUGGGCCCUACGGCAGUGUAGGCGUGGAUAUGCAGUUUGAGCGGCUGCUCUGUGAUAUAUUCGGUGCCGAGUUUGUGGCCGGGUUCCGGUGUCGGCGGCCGGCCGCCUGGGUCGACCUCAUGGUGGCGUUCGAGGCGCGCAAGAGGUCGGCCUCGCCCGGCAAGAAGUCCCCGCUCAACGUGGCCCUGCCGUUCGCCUUCAUCAGCGAAUACAAGAAAGCCAGGGGCAAGAGGGUGGAGCAGGCGGUGAGGGCCUACAAAGCUGGCCAAGUGCGCUACACGGAUGGCAUGCUCCGCCUGGAGUCCAGCCUCAUGCAGCAGCUCUUCGUCCCCACCCUGAACAAGAUCACAGAGCAAGUGGAAGCUCUUUUUGCGAUGGUUUCAAACAUGCACUACCUCUUCCUCGUUGGAGGCUUCGCGGAAUCCAGAUUUCUGCAGGAGCGGAUGAAAAGCGAGUUCUCGGAAAGGAUCAAGGUUGUGAUACCACAGGAGAUGAGUCUGGCGAUCCUGCGUGGUGCAGUUCUGUUCGGCCUCGACAGCAGCGUCAUCCAAGUGAGACGGUCCACCAUGACAUACGGCGUAGGCGUGCUCAACAAGUUCAUGCGCGGCAUCCACCCACAAGGCAAGCUGCUGGUGCGCGACGACCGUGAGUGGUGCGCCGACAUCUUCGAUAAGUUCGUGACGGCCGACCAGUCGGUGGGCGUGGGCGAGACCCUGCUGCGCCGCUACACGCCGGCGCGCGUCGACCAGACUACCAUCGUGCUCCACCUCUACUGCUCGCAUAAGGAGAAGGUCACGUUCGUAACGGACGAGGGCGUGGAGCGGUGCGGCACACUGAAGCUGACCUUGGAUGGAAGCCCACUGAGUCCCGUCAAGCGCCGUGAAGUCCAGGUCCGGAUGCGUUUCGGCGACACGGAGAUCGUGGCCUCGGCAGUGGACGUGCUCACCCAGCGGUCCGUGUCGGCACACAUCGACUUCCUCGGUCUCUGAGACGCAGCGGUCCGUGUCGGUACACGUCGACUUCCUCGGUCUCUGAGACGCAGCGGUCCGUGUCGGCAUACAUCGGCUGCCUCGACCUCUGAGACGCAGCGGUCCGUAUCGGCACACAUCGGCUUCCCCGACCUCUGAGACGCAGCGGUCCGUCUCGGCACACAUCGGCUUCCUCGGCUUCUGGGGCCGGCCCUGCACCAGCGGCGAUGCUGCCUGCUGUUGCCCUGUGUGUGUCCGUGGCGCAGCAGCUCGUGCUGCCCUCUGUGUGUCCGUGGCGCGGCAGCCUGUGCUGCCCUCUGUUCGACGAUGCGGCGCGCCGUGUUUAUGAAGGCGGCGAAAUGAGAUGUCGAAUGGUCUGGCCGUUAUGUGAUGCGUAAAGGUGUAAAAUAUGCGUCGAAAGCUGUGUUUAUACCGUGUAACGUAGGAAGGCUAUCGGUAGUUGUUUUGCGACUUGGCCAACCUUGACUUGUGCUCGUGGCAUUGCCACAUCUGAGAAGUGCAGCACCGUAGUUGAGCUUUAUGGUUUUACAUGACGUUGCAGAUAAUGUGAGAGAUGGCUGAAUUAUAAUUUGUACGUAAAAUCAUUUAAAUCUUGAGCACUCCAUGCCCUGUUAGAUUAUGCUCGUUACGCUCCAGUCGGCAGGGGAGGGUGGGACAUGUCCCGACCUCCGAAUAUUCAUGCAUUUAUAGAUAUAUGCGUAUGAUUUAUUCACUUCAGUGACCAUCGCGUUCAGACGCUGGUAACAAUUACAUAUAAAUGCUUGCUUGCUUACUUAUUCAUUCUGCUUUAACGAGCGCAUCACAUCU